UUGAUUUCAUUUCAACCGUCAAAAUGGAGUCGGUGUUUUUACCGACGAAAGAAUGAAAGGGAAUUUUCUCAUCAGUGUCAGUAACUAACUUAUCGACUUGAUGGAAAUGUCACAAUCCUAACUGAUCCUAACCUGCUCCAUCUCUAUCAGCCUUUAUAAUCAUCAGUGUCAAUUUUUCGCAAAUAUCAUUGUUUACCAGGUGAAAGAAGCAGAGUUAGCGUGAAUACGAACCAAGAAAUUAACAGAAAUGAGAUUCAGAUUUCUCGGCGAUGGCGACUGUCCAGACUGGUUGCUGGCGGAAAUCAAUACGCUUUCGCGAAUGACUUCAAUUAAAAUGAAAAUGCUAGGUCAAGCAGUGGCUAAAUAUUUGACCGAAGGAGAACUUGAUGAGGAAAAAGUAAAAAAGAUCACGCAAGACGCCAAACUUGACGUGAGCGAUGCGAAGGCAAUGGUAGCCGCGCUCGAAUUGAUAUUCACAUCUUCUGCCCGAUAUGGCGUUUCCGCCGCUGACUUGAGCAGCGAACUGCAACAAUUGGGACUUCCGCGAGAACAUAGCACAGCUGUAGCGAGGCUUCAUACCGAUCACUGUCCCCAGAUCACAGCUGUUCUUUCAUCUCAAUCUUUGAGAGUCAGUCGCUUGUCUUCCAUUGAAGUGCUACCUUGCGAUAGCUCAUCGCCUGUUUCUGCCGUGACAUUAAAAUUGAAGAAAGUAGAUGGAAAAGAGGAGGAUUCCACUGUAAAUAUCUCUAAAGAUGAUGUGCAAGUGUUAUUGAAGGAACUAAAAAGAGCACGGGCGCUAAUGGAAAAUCUGUGAAUAUUAAAUAAGAUAAUACAUUCCAUUAUUUUGUAAUAUAACUAUUAUAAUUUACUGAUGAAAAUAUUUGCUAUUUAUCAAUAAACGUGUCGCAGAAAA